AUGGCUACUGUAGUCACUCGUAUAGAGGCAAUUACAAAUACACGUCCACUCACAAAACUCACAGCAACUGAUCUUUCUGAAAUUCCACUCAGACCUAUUGAUUUUCUACAAGGAAAUUUCAAAUUCUCAAUUCCAAACUCUGAAACGUCCAACUUCAGAAACGAUCCCACAUUUGAGCCAGAGUUGAUACAGACAGCUGCUCAAGCUUACGAAGCGCUUGCAUCUUCAGAAAACAUUGCAACAAAGUUCUGGGAGAAAUGGAACACUGAAUAUCUUACUAUUUUACGUGACAGCCAUAGAUGUCAAUUGAAUCAGAAACGUCAUGUGAGUAAAAUCCCACAUGUCGGCGAAAUUACUUUGGUUGAACAGGAAUUACUGCCCAGAGGACAAUGGGUAUACGGUAAAACAGAAGAUUUAGUACGAAGCGCAGACGGCAUGAUAAGGUCCGCUAAAAUUCUAAUGCCUAGCCGCAAAAUUUUGCAGAGACCAGUUAAUAAAAUAUACCCUCUAGAAAUUCGUCCAGUGCCUGACAACCAAAAAUCGGUUGAACGAAACUCUGAGAUAAUGGAUAAUGGUAUCCAUAUCCCAACCACAACUCAAUCUAGGAAUCAUCUAGCCAGAACCUCUAAAUCUCGCGCUUUAAACGUCAUUCGAGAAUUCGAAACAGACCUCGACAGAUCGAUGACACCUACAUCUGCUCGAUCAGCAGUAUCCUGCGUAAUAACGGCAAUGCUAUCCUUGUUUCUAAUCAACCCUGGUAAUGCGCAACCAAACACCAGUAUUGCUUGCAAUGAAGGUAUCGCGUUUAUAACACCUCCUAGAGGACAAUUCGAAUUGUGCUUUGAUCAUGAAUGCAAGUCACUCAAAAAUGUUACGGAAGAAAUUAGGUAUACUCUUCCUGUUUCACCAUUGGACAAGCCUGUAACGGUAAAAAUACGUUUCUACUUGAGAAACGCAGUAAUAACAAUGAUCGAGAAAUGUGAGCGUCACGAAUUUUGCGCGGCGUCUUCAACAAUCUUGAGUAGAGCACUCUUAGGAAAUCCACAUUGUUGGCCAUUUGGCGCCGUUCUUACUGUAUCCAUAGUCUUGUACUCUAUUUUGGUGCCCAUGAUUGGUAUGGCGUGGUCCAUACGCAGGUGCUGA